AACCAGGGAGGAGGCAUCCUAUCUUCUCUGCUCCUCCGACGUCGAGUUCUUGCCUCGUCGGGAUUUGCUCUUCGAGGUCAAUUUUGAGGUGCGUGCUCUCUCCUGCAGGCCUCUUCACCUCUACUGCCGGAUCCAGCACUUUCACCUGUGUGUGAAGACUCCUUCCCCAGCUUACGAGAGUUUCAUUGAGCGCGUGAGGUUACAGCUUGUGUAAUGGCAACUGUCAUGGGCGCCCAGGCCGUGGCCGAUGCUGUCAGGGCAGUUGCGCCCUUCAUUUCAGAGUCUGGAAGGAGCUCUAGGAGGAAUCCCUUUUCGGGAAGGGAUACGAUGAGGAAGAUAGAACUUGGAGGCAGAAUGGUUGCAAGGAGGGUGAAAGGUUUAGACUACGGUAGAUUUAAGAGGAAUUCGACUGUAGUUGCGUCCGUGGAAGGAGGCAAUAAUUUUACCAUGGUGCGGUCAGCUCCCGGCGACGAAUUUGACAAGCGCAUUGUGGAAUGGGUAGCGGAAGAUUUCGAGAGGGUAAAUGGAGUAGACCUUUUGAAGGACAGUCAAUCCGUACUGAGGCUUACAGAAGCUGCAGAAAAGGCCAAGAGGGAGUUGGCUUCGGCUUCGCAGGCUAAUCUCAGUUUGUCGUUUAUUACUACCACUGCGGACGGACCCAUGGACAUUGAGACCACCCUUACCCGGGACAUCUUCUUGGAGCUUUGCUCUGACUUACUCGAUAAGCGGUACCCUACUGGAAUGUCAUCUACUAAAGUCCUAACUGAGGUGGAGAGAGUGGUUUCACAGAGUAGCACGCAAAGUCCAUUGCAGUGGAGGUGUGUUGAGACUUUUAAAGAAAAUGAUCAUCGGCAUUACGCUCGAUUUGCCGUAUCUCCAUUUCGGCAAGGUCAAGCUAUCACAGUUGGAAAUGCUUUGAGGAGAGCAUUAUUAGGAGAAGUUCAGGGAGCAGCUAUUACAUGUGCUACUUUUAAAGAUAUGGGCAUUGUACAUGAAUAUCAGGCAGUUGACGGUAUUCAAGAAACGGUGCAGGACAUCUUGUUGAACGUGAGGGACGUCGCUAUUGGAAGCAACACUCACGAACCACAGAAAGCGUUCAUAUCUGUGAUGGGACCUAGACAAGUGAUUGCUGGGGAUAUACUUUGUCCUCCCUCUCUUGUUGUACCUGACCCAUCCCAGAAUAUAGCUCUUGUGACCGCAGCGAUUCCCUUCAACGUUGAGAUUGAAGUUGAAAAGGACGUGGGCUACCGCAUUGUGGAUCCUGGGAAGUCUACAAAUGGACGGUUUUAUAUAGAUUCUGUUUUUAUGCCGGUUGUUCAGGCGAAUUAUAGUGUUCAUUCUUUCGAGGUCGAGGAUGUAACACGAGAAAUACUAUUCCUGGAGAUAUAUACCAACGGCAGCAUUAGCCCUGAAGAAGCUCUCAUUGAGGCUGCCCGUAGUUUGAUCGAUUUAUUGCUUCCUCUCUUAGAAUCAGAGGUGAUAGAAGUUACGAACACCACUGAGAAGGAGAAUGGUUCAAGGAACAUUUCCAUGCUUUCUUCAUUUUUGUCGUCAUCUGAUCAGAUUACGAAAGAGGUCACUUACAAACACGUAUUUAUUGACCAGUUGAAACUGCCCGCUAGAGCCUACAACUGCCUUAAGCGAGCCAACAUCCACACAGUAUCGGAUCUGUUGGAUUAUACUCAAGAUGAUUUGAUGAGAAUCAAGAACUUUGGGAAGAAGUCUGUCGAAGAGGUGUUAGAAGCUCUACGAGCACAGUUCAACAUCAGCCUACCUAAGAGCAAAGCUUAGCCUCAGUUUAUUGAAGAAGGGCGAUGCAGCAAGUUCACUGUGAAGCUCAUGUAUACAUGGAAAACCUUGCUGCAAAGUCACUGCAGGACGUAGUAGAACUAGCGGUUUUGGCUUGGCUGUGAAGGCGUGAAACCACUUAGAGAUGGAGCCUGACAGGCAUGUGCAGACUGCGUUUCUUAGAUACGAGAGUCAUCAGCCCACUACAGUUUCAAUACAUUACUUUUCGCGGGAGCACCAGAACAUUUUCAGGCACCUUCUUUUCUAUUUUCUUAGUACCCCUAACCUAAAUUGUUGACUUGAACUUUUAGUUUUCCUGGAAAGUAACCUCCGAUCACAAAGGUGUCCCUUGUGAGGUACUCAAGAGUUGCGCAACAUAAGCUCCUGCUCUUCUCUGAAGUAUUUCUUGACUUAGGCUGCAUCAUCUAGCUGGUGAUUGACGACAAACCAAAAUAUCCGAAUGCUGGGGCUGGUCUGAGCACUCUUGUUCGAAACUGAGAACUUUUAGUUUUUAUGAGGAAACAGCGAAGGUGAAAUAUCAAAUGCAAACAUUGAAGGGGGGACCGCGGAGAAGUUUGUUUUUGUUUCUUUUGAAGAAGCCUUAAAGAAUUCUAUUAUUGAGUCGCACACUUAUGGUUGGUUGACAUGGGUGAGUUUCGACACGCUGCUGCAUCUCAGUAUUGAUCCUCUUACUGGACGUCUUACUAUUUGCAGUUCGAAAAGGAAUGGCUCUUUUGAUUUCUAAUUCACUGUCGGCUUCAAUUGAUUCCUCUAGUUACAGUAGAAGUCGUUUCUGAAUUGCCAUCGUUUCUUAACUUGUCUGUGAAUUCAUCAUCUCCAGUAAACACGCUUACCGUGCUGUUCCACAA